GGUGGAUGUAGUGCACGGCCUCCGCCAUGGCCGACGGGGACGAUGGGGACAACGGGGACAAGGGGGACAACGGGGACAAGGGGGACGACGGGGACGGCGGACGAGGGGACCGGGAAGGCCACCGGGGGGGUGGUCGGCGAGGUCUGGAGGGCCCUCCCUGUUUGGGCCAUGGUGGACGAGUGCACCCCCAGGCUGGCACAGGCCCAGCGCCGGAGGGACCUGGAGGCGGAGCUUCGUGACCUCAGCAACCAGGUGGCGGCGCUGGGGCGGAGCCUGGCUCAGGAGAGGGGGCGGAGCCUGACAGAGGGCGGGGCUCUGAGGGCGCUGGAGCUGGCAGUGGGCGGAGCCCAGGCACGGGUGGGCGGAGCCUGUCGGGCCCGGGACCGAGCCUGCGAGCGGUUGCGGCAGCAGCAGGAGGCGGGGCACAGCCUGUGGGCGGAGCUGGAGGCAGCACGUGCUGCUCGAGCAGGGGCGGAGCUUCGGGCGCAGGAGGCGGAGUCACGGCGCCAGGCCCGGGAGGCGGAGCUGGAGCAGCUGCGGCAGGCGGUGACAGCGGCCCAGCAUGCCCGGCGGCGGGCGGAGCAGGAGCGCGAUGACAUGGCGGCCCGCAUGCCCCGCCCACCCAGCCCCACGUGAGUGCCCUCCCCUUGCCACGCCCCCUCCCUGGCCACGCCCACAGCCCCUAUACAUGGCCCCCAUAGGCUGCCUGCUAUAGGGUGCCCCCCUGGCAGGUCUCCUAUAGCCCCCAUGGUACAUCCCCUAUAGCCCCUAUGGUAUAUCCCCUAUAGCCCCCAGGGCACAUCCCCUACACCCCCCUGGCACAUCCCCUAUAGCCCCCCCAUGGCACAUCCCCUAUAGCCCCCCCGGCACAUCCCCUAUAGCCCCCACGGCACAUCCCCUAUACCCCCCUGGCACAUCCCCUAUAGCCCCCACGGCACAUCCCCUAUAUCCCCACAGCAUAUCCCCUAUAGCCCCCACGGCACAUCCCCUAUAGCCUUCAUGCUACAUCCCCUAUAGCCCCCAUGGUAUGUCCCCUAUACCCCCCGUGGCACAUCCCCUAUACCCCCCACGACAUAUCCCCUAUAGCUUCCAUGCUACGUCCCCUAUACCCCCCAUGGCACAUCCCCUAUAGC